AUGGGUUGGACAUUUUACCCGGUUUGUUCGGCAUCUACUAUACCCGUUGAGAGGCCUGAAUCUGAAGAAGCGGAAGAACAACCGCUUAUAGACCUCGAUUCAGACCCGCAAGUUAACGACACCAACCCGGCGCCUUCUAGGAGUUUGGGAUUCUUCUCAGAUAUUGGCGGGGAGCUGCUCGAUAUUCCACCGCUUCAGACCCCCCCUCCCUUGGAUGAAGAUACGACGGAAGACCUGCCGGCUACACCGGAGCCAGAUGGUUCCUCUCUUCCUUCCCCUCAAAGGUUUCCUGAUUCAAAUCUCCUGCAAGUAGUUUCAGAAGCGCCUCAAAUGGAACACAUCGACGAGAUCCAGACCCAGGAGCCCCUUCCUGACUCGCAAGACGAUGCUCAAGCGACCUCUAUUCACGGAGAGGAUCCACCUAAAAGCAUAGUUGAGGACGCGGCUCAGGGAAUCGACUCUGAAGAUACAGAUGAAACUACCGUAGAACCACCAUCAAAUGAAGCUUCAAAUUAUCAGAUACCCAUUACUAUAGUCGAGGUUAUAGAUAAACCGCCACCACCACCACCGCCGCCGCCGCCGCCUCCACCACCACCAUCUACUACCCCCAUAGAAGAGAAUCAUUGCGAUGAAGAUGAAGCAGUGGAUGAUAGUGAUGGAGAUGGCGAUAGUGAUAUAUUCGAGGAUGCGCCCCAGACCCCAUCAGACAUCGUGGACAUUUUGGGUGGACAAGAGACGGGAAAAUCCAAAGACCAACAUCUGGGAGCACAUACUCCCUUAGUUAUCUCUAGUUCGGUUUGAUUUGAUCUGCAUGUGUCUCUCUUUGAGGAUCUGCCAAUGGUGCAUUUGAUUGAUAUUUUAGGUACUGCUAUUUUCUUUGAGUAUGUAUUUGUUGUUUCAGUCAGCUAGGGAAACCAAGAAAACAUCGGCUUAAGCUGGGUCGAACUCUAAUAGAUGCAAUGG